AUGUCGUACACUUUCGUUGGAGAUCGAGAAGGUGUUUACGAUCGAACCUCUCCGGUAGAAAUGACUCAAGUAAACCCACAGCCCGUGCAACCCGCAACGGAAAUACAGCUCCCAGACAUCGACGAUUUUUCGCACAUUACGCUUCAUCAGGUAAAAAUGUGUAUUUGAAAUUUUACUACUUUCAGCUUAAUUAAUUCCAUGCAAGCAAGCUGUGUUCCAAAAACGUAAAUUGUUAGUAUUAAAUUUUGAUUAUACCGGAUUGAAUUUUAUAGCUUUCUUGAGCAGAAAAGAAAUACGUCCUUCGUUCAUAGCACUGAUCAUUGUCGAGCUAGAAGGUUCCUCACAACAAUGAAUCACCUCAGUAUAUUUUGUUCAAUUGUCUUUUUGAUGGUCGAUUUUACGAUUUUACGCUAUUAACAAACAAGGGAUUAUACUUCAAACAAACUUGACGAACAAUAUUACACUUCACCUCUUCUAACGAAGUUUCCAAACUUUUUUCUGGAAGUGUAAACUCGAGCUGCAUGAAAAGCAGGUGAUCUAUGAGCGGCCCGUAUUAUUAUUUAAAUCAGUAUUCUCAAACGAAGAAAGAACUUAAACAUAAUAAUUGUGGCAGUAUAUCAAUUCAACAUUUUUAACAUACCAAGCCGUCGAGUGUAAUCUUCUGUUCAGGCUACGUAAAACUUCUUACCUAAUUUUCCUUUGUAAUUUUUUCCUCCAAGGUCUUUGUUUUUGUUUUGUUCAUUUAUACUGAUGAUACAAUGAAAAAAAAAAAGAUAAUGUUGUCUAUUCAACGUUGAGAGUCUUAUGCAAAGCCAACAAAUGUGACAUUAAAAAUUAACAUCGGUUUAUUACUGCAUAGAUUAUUUCUUAUGGAACAUUUUUUUUUCUGUUUUUAUUUUCUGGGUACUCUCCAAAAUGAUGAUAAUACAUGUAGAAAUACACUUAAUGUGCUAAAGUAUAAAUGUGUGUAAGGUCGUUCUUAGAGUUUUAACCCUCAUUUCGCGGCUCGGGUUGUGUCAGGCCCAAACCAUAUUUAUACCCGCGAAAAUAAACUGUCUUUUUUUAUUAACUAAAGAACCCACUUUUAAUUGCAUUUCUACUGCUUCUUAAGGAUAACAGAUUAUUUGUUACUUUAUUUUACGUAUGACAUUCAAGGGGGUGUUUUCUAGAAUUGUUGCGAUACUAGUUGUGACCCUUUUGUGGUAUUUUGGUAUUUGAGGUGUUUAACUGAUUGCCAAACAUCACCUUGAUCUCAAAGGAAAGUUGCCUAGGUGAAAAUUAUUUAUAUUUUGUAACAGUGCAUAAUUAAAGCUUAACCCUUGUUAGUCAAACAAUAUGCUCCCUAUGGUACUGAGAAGAAGAAAUGGUGUGAAAAUCAUAAGUUGGCAAUCAUUUUAUUUAUCAUCAAGGCCUUAAUGUUUGCGUCAGCAUUCACACAGUAAGGAGAAAUUAAUCACUCAAAUAACACUUAGACCAAACAAACUGGCCACCCUGCCACAUCCAAUUACAUUGUACACUGAUUCUAAAAGGCCUGAAUGAGCAGAAAAACUAUUCAAUCUUCUAAAAUAUAAUAAGGAAGGGAUAAAAACUUCCAAAUCUUUUCUAGAAAAGGAGCUGGUAUAUUUUAAGCUCAGUGAUUACUGUGAAAGUUGUGUUACUUUAGUGAAUGAUACUGUAGGCUUGAAAAACAGAAGCUCUUUUGGGAAUUGAGCCUGCCUGUAGAAUACAAAUGUCCAUAUCGAGGAAGAACUGAGUAAAAAGAUUGUUUCUGGGUAUACCUCUGUUAGUCUGUUACCCAACUUAAAUUCCUUAUCUCUCACUUAAAUUUAACACUUGACUUCUACAUCUCAAUCACUUGGUUUUCUUGAAACUUUAAACAACCUGUCAUGCUUGAAAUAAGGGAGAGCACUGAAAAAGAGAAAAGCCAAACUGUUUUAAAAAAUUUUAAGCCUUUGAAUAAUUAAAGCUCAGCAUCUACAAAUUGAUCUGUAACUUUUCAGGGAAGUCAACCAAAGCCUUAACUGCAAGUAGAAAGCAAAAUGCCAGAACAGAAGAUUGGGACUGGAGAAUGCUUAAUAUUGCCAAUUAUUCACUUUUUCUUAAGAUUAUUAUAUAGUUAAAUUUCAUUAUUAUAGUGUGUUGGAUUGAUUUACAGGCUGCAAGAGAUGGUAAAACUGAUGUCAUCAAGCAAAGACUUUCCAAACUUGCAUCGAAAAACCAAGCAAGAUUCCAAAAAUUAGUAAACAAGAGAGAUGAGGACAACACCACACCUUUACACUAUGCUGUACGAUAUGGACAGGUGGAGGUUGUCAAAUUGUUGGUAGAGCUAGGAGCAGGUAAUUAUUUUAUAAGUAAUUAACUUGUUUAUGCUUGGAAUAGCAUGAGGAUCUGUAAAACUCCUAAUCUUGCAAAAUAAUCUACAAGGGAAUGAAUAGUAUUAGGAGCUUGAGCAUAUUGAAAUUUUGGAAAUUACCAUGAAAUUGCAAACACUGAUAGCCUUGAGGGAAUGUUAUUGUUUUCCAAGGAUAAAGAUGAUCAUGCAUGAGAAGACUUUUCAAAAGAACAAAGGGGUUAACCCUUUAACUCCCAUGAGUGACCAAGACAGAAUUUCUCCUCACAAUAUCAAUACAAUGUCAAUCAGAUAAGUGAUAAGAAUAAAGAAAAAUAUCAAUUUGGUGAUAAUAAGUUGAUCCAAUACUAACUUCUCUGAACUAACAUUAUAAGAAUUGUAUGGUUGACAUUUAGAAGAAUUACAAAUUUGAUCUGGGAGUUAAAGGGUUUAGCACUUUAGGACUUCUUUAUCUAUACCCCUGCUCUAACAAGUAGGUUCUUAUCCAAAUGUUAUCUUUUUGAUAGUUAUUGACAUCCCUGGAGAAGAUGGAGCGUCUCCCUUGCAUUAUGCUGCAAGAUUCCGAGCGAACUUAUCUCGCCCAUCUGCCAGACAAGUGUCACAAGUGAUUGCUGGUGGGGAAAAUGGAACAGUUCCUGAUGGGGUAGUAGAAACUAAUAUAGAUGUUGUAGCUGCACCUCUGUCACAUGCCAUCAGCUCCAAUAGUCUCGGAGAAGUGAACCAAGCUAUGUCACAGGUCUGAAGAGUAUAUGUUGUAGUUGAUUCAAAGGAAUUUUUGGGGAUGGACAGUGAUUGGCAAAUAUCUUGACAUGCAAACCAUCAGUUGAAUAUGUUUUGUUAGUAUAUACCACACAACACAGGUGGAAGGGCACAGCUAGGAAGGGUUCCUAAGGUGCCUGUGGACCCCCCCCCCCAUGACAUUGUAAGCCUUUUUUUAAGCAAACAACCUACAAUAUCCAGGUGAUAAAAAUGCUAUGACAAUAUCUUAAGUUUUUAAAGAAACUGUGCUGCUGCUUGGGUGGAGAGUAUAACAGGGUAAUUCAGGCUGACAUUUUGAGCAUUAGUCCUUCAUUAAUUGUUCUGUUCAGUUCAUCUGUGACAAUAGCAUAUUAUUUACAUACGGGAAGGAUUGAUGAUGUCAAACAAAUCAUGCGAGUGAAUUAUAAUUGGUUAAAAAAGUUUAAAAACAGAGACGAAAGAGAGAUCAGAAUCCACUAUGGUUUUUGAAUUGUUUCAUUAUUGUCAAAUUGUUUGGGGGAGUAUAGCUACUCUCAACUAAUAUGUAGUGUUUUAUUUACAUUUACGGCUGUAUGUUUAAAAUUGUCUAAAACCUAAGCAAGGGAGGCAUGCUAAUUACUUUUGCCACUUACUGUUAAGUUUAAUUUCCACUUUCAAUUGUUUCAGAUUUGUAACUUAACAGAACCUUCACACUAAUCAAUUUCAAAUCAAACUCUGGCAUUUUGAGAUAUAAUUUUCAACCUACCAUUCAUGUUUUAACUGCAACAUGCAACAUGUACACCAGCACAUGCACAUGCACUCUUUGUGUUUCAUAAUUAAUUUUAUUUUUGCUAUAACUUAUUUAUAAACUUCAUGCUUAUCAAUAGAAUGAAAGACAAAGAUUUCCAAAAAAAUAACCUCUAACAUUGAAUUUUCUGUGACAUCUCUGAAAAAAAUCAAAAUCUUGAUAUUUGUGAGUGUCAAGCAAGUUCAACAAGAAUAUAGAGUUGAAAUGAGUUUUGAAAAUGUGCAUAAUCCACACUGCCUCAAGUGCAACUGGGUUUGUGGAUGAGAAAAAAUCAGUGACCAGUCAAUUGGUGGUUCUUGGGCAAAAAAUCAAUUAUUCACAUACUGUCAGUUCCUUUUCACCCAGGAGUGUAAAUGGUCAGGGAUACUUGAUGAAAUGCUGAGGGGUAUUAACAAACAUCCCAUCCAGGGGGGAGUAGUGAUACUUCUUGUUGUUAGAUGCUAAGGAAACUGGGAUAAGUUCAAGCAGGGUGAGCCAAUUGGCUCUCAAUACAGGUUUAACCAGUUUACUGAGUGUAAAAGAAGAAGCAAGGUUGUUGAAGUAAAUUCACCUCUGAAGUGAAUAGUCUUUUUCUUAGGAUGAGCACACCACAUGAUCAAACCUAUAAAUACUGGCAUAUUUAUCAGUUUUAAUUAUUGUGAAUUCACCCCGAAAUGUUUUCUUACAGGUUCCUUCAGUGGAUGAAUCUCUAAUUCAGUUUUUUGUGAAUGAAUGCAAAGGAGAUGUAAAUGUUAAAGAUUCUUAUGGAAGCACCCCUCUUCAUUAUGCAGCAUCAAAAAGCAAUGUAACUGCUAUAAAAGAACUGUUGAAGUGUGAUGGGAUAAAUGUUGAUGUGAGUUUUUUGUUUUUUUAUGUUGUGUAACUUAAUAGACAAAUGUGAAAGAAGAUAACUUGGAUUUAGGGUGUUGGAAUUGAUCAGUUUUGACAGUCUAGGCCACUUGGCAAGUGUAAGACACAACCUCUUGUAAACAUAAAGUUCUAUGUGACCAAAAGAUGUAAAUUAUUGUGUGUCUAUAUCUUUCAUACUGACAGGCGGCAGAUGCCAGUGGAUCCACACCUCUUCAUUGUGCUGCCACUGAAGGUAGUGUAGAAAUUGUUGAGGCAUUACUGGAAGCAGGAUCUGAUCCGAGGGAAAAGGAUUAUGAGGGAAUGACACCAAUUCAUUUUGCCUGCACUGACGGGAAUCCAGAGACUGUUAAACUUCUAUUUGAGCAUGCAGGAAGAAAGGGUGAUCUACUUGAGAUGUUAGAGGACAGAAAUAGGGAAGGUGAAACAGCACUUCAUUCUGCAGUGGAAGGUGGCUACAUUGAUAUUGUUGAAAUUUGUUUGAAGAAAGGAGCAAAGGUGAAAGCAAGACGGGGUAACCUUGCACAGCCAUUACACAUUGCUGCCAUCAACGGAUAUGUUGACAUUGCAAAAUUAUUGGUUGCUCAUAGGGCCAAGAUUGAAGCAAGGAAUGUGAACCAUGAGACACCAUUACACAAGGCUGCUGCCUUUAAUAAGAUUUUUAUGGUGGCUUUUCUUCUUGAAAAGUAAGAUUAAGAAAGGUUAACAGAUGUAAAAGUUCUUCAAGUGUCUCGAUCCUUGAUUCUUGAUCCUCGAUACUUGAUACUCAAGCCUCAAUUCUUGAUCCUCAAUUCUUGAUCCUCAAUUCUCUAUAGUUUCAAGUAUUGAGGAUCAAGUAUUGAGUUGAGACUGUCAACUUGCCUUCGCACAUGUUGUAUUUCAUAUUUCCUUGGUGAAAACUUCUCCAAACCAGUAAUUUUGAUUUUGAUGUUUCUCAGGUCUACAUUUAUUACCAUUACCUGUGAUGAAGAAAAGAAACUUAAACUAGUGUGAAAGUUUUAAACUAAAGGAAAUUCUGCAUCCAAACAUAAAUAUCUUGAUAAUAAUCCCCUGGAGUAGUAAUCAACAUGAUAGUUAAAAUUGGGUCAUUUAAAGAAAUUUUAAUGUUAUAUUUGGCUUAUCUCUACAUUGAAGGGUCAUUGUCAUUAAUGGCACAAUGUAUUUGAGUCAGGAUUCCUCCAGUUUGUUAAAGCUCCUUUGCAUGUGGCAGGAACUCAUUUAUCUGAUGCUUAUUACCUGAAUAUGCAGUAGAAGCUUGUCAUGGAAAUGGUUUUGAGUUCAAGUUUGUGAGAAGUUCAAGUGACAUCAGGUCAAGUUAGGAAGGUUAGGCAGUGUAUUUAGUUAUCAGUAGGAGAGAAAAGCAGAUGGAGAUAAAGGUGACAAGGAAGUAGCCAAAAGCUUGAAAUACCUGGCAGGGAUAAGUCACCACUUAAUUUCAGAUACCCAAUACAGAAGGAAGCUAACUUUUGCAGUGUGUCAGAAUUUGAGGCUGAGUGUGUGUGUUAUAGCAGAGACCUGUGUCUGCUGGACAUAGUAUAGCUUUAGUUAAUAUUUUAUAUUUUAGUUGUUGUCGUUAUUAUUAUUAUAUUUGUCUGAUUGCACUAGGUUAAAUUACUUUGAACAAUACAUGUACCAGUAGGCUCCUAGAAACCCAACUUAAAUGAGAACAAUUUAAAUCUUUUUCUUGUUACAGAGGUGCUGAUAUUGAUUGCCUUGACAAAGAUAACUACACUCCCUUGUUGGUUGCUGCAUCAGAAGGACACACAGAUAUUGUGUCAAAACUGUUACGUGAAGGUGCAGAUUUACAAGUAAAGAACAUUCAUGAUAAAACUGCAAUCUUUUUGGCUGCUGAGGAAAACAGAGUUGACACCUUAAAGGUAUGUUCUAUACAUUUUAUUGCAGCUUUGCAUUUAUAGCCUAUGUUAACUUUUAUUACUAUAUACAUGCAUUUUGCUGUUAGAGUCAGAGAAUCAUGCCACACCAGGGUUAUUUGGGGACUGGGCUGUUUAUUAUGAUAUUAUUAUGACAAAACAGAGAUCAAGAAAUGCAGGUGAACUGUAAAACCAUAUUUAACUACUGCUUUACAUGUACAAUUAUGAUUAAUGCAUCAUGUAACAGUUCAGUUGCAUCAUGGCUGAUUUUCAUUCAUGUAACUCUCUGUCAUAACAAAAGAACAGUUAUUUUGAAAUGUUUCUGAUAUUCAUGUUUUUUCAUUAGUUUUGCUGCAGCACUAAUAUUCUAUUGUCUAAAGCUUUGAACCUGUCAUCUGCCACAAGUUGAUGGGUAUUUCCUCAUUCUCACCCCUCCUUUACUUAACAUUUUUUGUUAACUCUUUUAAAAAGAAACAGUUUACACCAACCCUCUGAAUUGUGCCAUUGAUUUUUACUCUUUUUAACCUAAAGGUGUAUAAAAUAACUGUGCAUAAUUUCACAACUUUUUGUCAGGUGAUCCUGGAGAAUGAAAACGCCAAAGCUUUGAUCAAUGAGAGUGAUAGGUAUGAAAACACUCCACUCCAUGUUGCUGCUAUGAAUGGCUAUGCUUCUGUUGUUCAGGUGAGGCUAAGUUCAGUGUGUAGCCAAACAUUAACUGACAUUUACUUACAUUUUGGAUUGACUAGUUUAUCAUUUUUGUACUAUAUUAUUUGAAAAAGCUCUCUUACUUGGGCUGUGUAGUCUCUGUUAAUUCAACUCUGUUAAGUGUAGACCACACCUGUGUAGGUAGGAGUAUAUCAUGUCUCUAGUUUGGUGAUCUAACUGUGAUACAGGUGUUAUUAAUUUAAUGUUGAUUUUCUUUUCAACAUUUUUUAUGAUGACUCUUCACAACAUUGAAUAGGCGUUGUUGGAAAAUAAAGCAAAGAUAAAUGCAAGAAAUGAAGAUGAGAACACCCCUCUGCAUCUGGCUGCAAAACAUGGAAAAAUAAGGUAUACACACAUCAAUUUAUCUGCUAAUUGACAAUCAAAAUUUGUUCAAUUUGCAAGUUUUACUUGAAAUAUAUUUCUUUGGAAUAACUAUAUUUUGUUAUGCUUGUUUUAAAUAAAACUGUACAAUUGUUGCUAUCGAGGUUGCUCUUUUGAAAGCAUGGAUUUUUCCACAGACACUGUGGCACAUAAUGUGAAACUUUUGUGGUUUAAGUAAAUAUAUUUGUUAUUGUAGAAAGUUUUUUGUGUUUUUUUUGAGUGUGUAAAACCAAAACCAAAGGAACCACUAUAGCCAAUCAGAAGGGAAAAAAAGCCUUUAAAAGCCGAUCAAAUUGAAAACAAGCAAACUUCUUAAGGCGCAGGAAAACGCGGGUGAACAAGUCAUGAUUGGUUUUAGUUUUACAUGUGAUUGGUUGACAGAGUGGUGCAAGCUUUCUGGACCAAUCACAGGGUAAAGUGAGACAAAAUCAAUUCAGUGUUAGAUCACUUUUGACACUCAAUUGAAAAUUGCUCUGAAUUGAAAUGAUAACGAUCUUCCCUCUCCUAGGACUGUUCUCGAGCUGAUAAAGAGUGAUCCUACCAUUAUAAAUGAUGAAGAUGAAGCAUCAAACACAGCCCUUCACUUGGCAGCCAUAGAAGGUCACAUAAAGUGCUGCAAGGCUCUGUUAGAAAAAGGAGCUGAAGUGGAUGCUAGGUGUGUAGAAAUACCAUGAGUCCAGAGGUUACCAGUCAUUUGGUGCCCAAGGUUGCUUGCGCUGGGAGAAAAAUUUCUUUUUUUUUUGUCAAGCUCACCUCGACUAAAACUUGUUUUCGUACGCGCUUAUUAUGGGUAGAGAGUUGGAAGUGCUCAGUGAGACUCACAACUCCAUAAGAGUUAUUCCCUUGGUCUUCUUUCUGAUAAACUUGCUUUAAACUAGAAUUACAGAAAUUUUGAAAUAUCCUUUGUUUGAAAAACUUUACAGAUAUUUUAACAGCUUAAGAUUCAAGUAAUUUGACCGGAAUACUGAAAGUGAGGCUAAAACCUUUGAUUUACAUCCUUAAGCAAGGUGACUCUUUUCAUUCUCUCCUUUCUUUCAUACUCCCCCCCCCCACCCUCCCGACCCCCGCAACACUGCACCUUUUACUUACCGAACAUAGUCACAUAAACAAGUGUUUUAUCCUUCUCAAGGAACGCCACAUUGUGGACACCCCUGGAUUGUGCAGCAGCUAAAGGUCACUUAAAAGUAGCGAACAUCCUGUUGGACUAUGAUUCACCUGUCGAUCCUACUGAUAAGACCAAGGUAAAGGAUAAUGUUAAAAUAUAGAACAAUUCUAAACAAGCAUUAUUCUUUUUGUAAAAUUUGAUAAAAAUUUAGUUUCUUUAUUUGUGAUGUAUUACAAAGGUGAAGUAUUAGUGAGAUAUCAGGUACCGACCUUGUUGAAAGAAAAAGAUAUUCAAGGUCGCCCUCUGACCCCCGGGAGUGACUAGCAUUUAAACUCUCCUAACAAUAUCACCCCAUCAAUCACAUAGCGAGGUUACGAGAAUCUAGGGAAUGAUUACCAACAAAAGAAGCUCUUAAUUGUUGAACAAAUGGAGAACAGUAUGGAGAAUAUUCAUACUGAUGAGCGUGAAGGGUUGAUCUGUUAAAAAUAAUCAUGUUUUUCGUAAGGGAAAUAGAGUCCUUAUAGUAAUGAGUUUUUCACUUCCAUCGCCGGACAAUAAAUAAAAAGGCCACUUAAGAAUCUCUUUAUCGUUUUAGAAAUUUACUCAUUGCUCAUGUACACUCUGCUAUAUGUGACUCGUGUUUCUUUUACAGACCACACCUUUACAUUUGGCCGCAAAAGAGGGCCAUGCUGAAAUGGUGACGCUUCUGCUGUCUAAAGGUGCUGACAUUACACUAACAGACCUGAGUGGAAGAAACUGCCUCGACUUAGCAGCAGAUCACAGCCGCAAGUGAGAACCACUGCUUUUUUAACAUAAUAGAAAUCGAAUUACACGCGUUCACGUGCAGUCUCGUGUAUUUCUUUUUCCUACGCAUGUGGAACUACAUGCUGUUCAAGCGCUUAUAAUUCUCACAUAUUGACGCGCAGAUAAGAGCUACUUUACUCGUAAGCGACACUGUGUUUGUGAAGUGACACACCCUGCUACGCUUGGUGUGACGUUCUUUUCUUCUUACCACACUUUGACGUCAUCCGUGAUAUAUUACUAAACAGAAGCAUGGCAACAUAGAAUCAAUUUUUUUAAAAGGAAUUGUGAGUUGCGUAAUCAUCAGACAGAAAGCUGCAACGAAGCAUUCUUCCGCAGCCGCUCAACCUAGCUUCGUGCUGAUGAUUUAGCGGCUCAGUGUGGCCUUAGUUUUUCUAUGGUAAUUCAUGGCUAUUGAUCUAAUGCUUCUGUUGUUUUGUUAAUACAAAUGUACCUGUUUUCUUGUGUUCUACAGGGAAGCAGCCAUGGCCAUCGUCAAAGAUGAACAAUGGAUCGAUGUUCUAAAGAACAAAUCAUGGGAACAGAGUCACGUCACCACUCCAUUGAGAAAACUGAUCAUUAAACUUCCUUGUACGUCGACUCUUAAUCUUAUUCAAAUCUUUAAGCAGGGUGUGAACAAGUUAUAAAAGAACAUUUUCUUUAUUUGCGUUCGAUUCGGUUCAGGACUUCCAAACCUUUCUCGUGUUCUUCCCGCUCUGAGCUACCGGAGCAGCUAAUUGGUCGGUAAACUGAUGGAAUGUGCGACUUAUUUGCAGUGCUUAAGAAAUCUUGACAUUUGUGAUUUUGUGAAUGCUAACCCUGUGGAUAGUGGUUAAUAAGGGGUUUUGUAGUUUCGUUGAAAUAUUUUGAUUUGAUGUUUGCAAGGAAGACAAGUGAUGAAGGGUAGAUAAAUAUCAACGAUAUUUAUAAAUGUAAACAAAAAAAAAAGGAGCGUAAUACAAUUAAAGAAAUUCUUCUGAAAUUUCCCUUCCUACACUCAGCUGUGGCAGAAGCAGUCUUCAACCGUUGUGUCAAAGAAAGUAACCACCAUGUCGAAGACAAGAAGUACGAGUUGACCUUUUACUAUGAGUUUUUGGAAGAUAUCUACUUGGACUGGUCAGAUGGGGGCGAUGCAGCUUCGGAGACGUCCAGUGUAGCGAGCUUUUCAAUGGAAGACGUCGCAGAGGAUGAAGAGUUUAGGAAGAUUCAAGGGUCAGCUGGUGUGGUUGAAGCUGUGACUCAGUUGGAGAAAAAGGAUAGUCAUCCUCUUAUGAUUAUGGUAUAUUUACGCCUUCUGUGUUCUUUUAAAUGAAUUGUUUGUCUUCGUAUAUUAAAGUGUGAUUAAGGCUAACUGGACGCAAGACAUGGUUGGUGUAUAGUGAGUGUGCAGCGGAAAGGAAGGAGGUUCAAUGAAAGGGGUGAGGAAGGAGUAGAAAGAGGGGACUGGGAGUUAUCCGGGGGAAGAAAGAAUAACCAACUAGAAAGCAUAUUUAUUCCCCUCACGGCGUUGUUGAUAAUCCUUAGUUUGGCUCGAGAGGAAGCUUUUCUGUUGUGUGCAUGGACCAGGGAAGAAGCAUUGACGGGAGUUAUGGGGAUGAAGGAAUAAUGCAAAGAAGCAAACACUUUAGGGAUAAGGAAUGGAGGGAAGAAAGGAAAGAUGUACAAGUGGACUGGAUGGAUGGAUAGAGGAAUAAAGGAAGGAAGGAAUAAAGGAAGGAAGGAAAAGAGCAAGAAUUAGGAGGAGGCAGGGAGUCCGAGAGGGAGGGAAGGAGGGGUGGAAAGAAAAGGGUAGAAAGAAGGGAGGGGGAGGAAGAAAGGAAGGGAAGGUUUUUUUUAGUCCCUUUGAUCAAUCUGAUGACCUUAAAUUGUUAAUUUUAGGUGAAGAAUAAACGUGAACAGUUGCUUGGCCAUCCUCUUGUCACGUUUCUGUUAGACUACAAAUGGAAGACGUUUGGCAGGUACAUUUAUUAUUUCAAGCUGGCCCUCUAUUGCUUGUUCUUGAUGUUUUUGACUGGUUACACUGUUUAUUUGACUGAGCAUGGCCCAGUUUGUGCCAAUGGAACUGUAGUUGACAAAGGAACUGCGGACGAGAGCUCUGUUCUUUACAUCUUGUGGAUAAAGGUCGGGCGUAUUGUGAUACUGGCGCUAGCAUCGAUGCAUAUUCUUUCUGAGGUAGGAUACUUGUUACUGAUUUUUUAAAGCAGUAUCAGUAUUUUAAAGUAAGUAAAUCAAAAUUGAUAAAUAGAAUGGUAAUUUAAGAUUCUUUCUCCCCCCCCCUCCCACGUGUGCCUCUAGUUGUAAUUUUAUAAUCCUCCUUGCGUCAAGCCUGUGGUCUCAAAUUGUCGAACUAAAGUUCGUUUCUGUAAUGGUAAAUGGCACACUCCGUGCAUGAAACUUAAGAAAGCUGGGAUUUUUGUUUUAUUUAAGCCCCGUUUAAACGGUCGUGAUAGUUGAUGAUAGUUUCAACUAUCACGCCCAUUUGGACACGAACCAUCAUUCGCUAUCUUCGACUAUCAUUGACUAUUAACACUUAUCAUGUGUUUGGACGUGUUCAAACUCUACAUGAUAACUGAUGAUAAUUUUUGCCAUUUAAACGAGCGGAUGAUAGGGAAUGAUAGUAUUUCGGUCAGCAGUCUUGCCAAAAACGGGCUUAAACUGAUAUGGCAAAUGGUAAAAUUACUGAAGUAGCCGUGAAAAUUUCGCAGAAUGUCUUUAGUAUCUUCAACUCGCAAUUUCUUGACUAAAAUUUCAAAAUGCCACCGAAAUUACUGACCUUAGCGCGCGCCUUUUUUGUUCAUAAUUACGCGAUCUCAUUGACUGAUUUAGUCAUUUUAUUUUGAACGCAAACAUGUUAGUCACUUUUAGUGAGUGAUAUUUGAAACUAUCAUCAAGAAUCAUGACCGUUUGAACGGGGCUUUAGUCUUAAAGAGUAACGACUUUUGAAGCAAAGUAAAUCUACUUCAGUUUGUAGAAAAACGUAACUUGUGGGUUAAGGACCACUGAUUAUUUACUACCGGAUGGGAAGGGAUCUUGGCUGUGUCAUGAUGAUAUUUAGUUGACCCUUCCCCCCCCCCCCCCCCCCUCCAGGGCUUUGUAGUGUUCUUAUGAUCCUCUUCAUUGGAAGUGAAUGACAGUCAAUUUUUUAUAGUCCUCCCUGUGAGGGCCAAAAUUACUCGUAAAUGUCCAAAACACGCUCUUCAAUAUGCUUCAACAAUAUAUUCUCACAAACGAAACAAACUGAAGUAUUGAUGGGAAAUGAAUAAUCGAAGCGAUUAAGGAAAACGAUCCGGGACAGUGAAACGAUAAAGCCGAUUGACUAAAAUUUACAGUAUUAGACUUCUAAAAGUGACACAAAUAAAGGAAAUUAUGCAAAAAAAAGAAGUAACAGAACGUCGAUGAAAGCAAUGAACGUGAAAACAAAAGAACUUAAUGAAAAUGCGAUGAAAAAGAAAAAAUGCCAAUUCUUACUGACUAACGUCAAAUAAUUUUGGUGGCAGCACUCCCUUCAUACUCUGUUGGCGAGGACUGUUCCCCCCUCACUCCCUACCCCUGUAAACCAAGUGAUCCCCCCUCAAAUCCUCCGCACUCCUUCCUGGUGAUGAAUAAUGACUGGUCUCUUAACGAUCGAAAAUAGGUCAGUCGUGUAAAUCUGUUAGUUUUUUCCCUUUUUUAUGUUUUCUUUUGCAUUUAUUUUAAUUCGAUAUUCGUGGCCCUUGCAGUUGUUCCAACUCGUGUAUCAGCUUAGGCAGUAUUUCUCUUGGGAGAACCUUUUGGAGUGGGGUGUCUAUGUGCUAGCCAUUGUCUACGUAGCUGAUGAGUUCCAAGAGAGUUUAGACACCAGGUACGUGUCAGAGAUAAUCCUAGCUUGUGUGAAGUUUCAGAAUCACAUGUUGACAUGGUCUGCACUUAAAAACUCUGUCGUACUUUGUUCGUGAACGCCUUUUGAUUUAGUGUUGUAAAAUUAUAACUCAAGUGUUCUAACGUCUCGUGUUCAAAAUCAAAAAUUGGACACCACCCCUGUCACGUCAAUUCUUGAGUGGAAGUGCUCAAACCUAACUAAUCUCUUUGUUUCACAUUGCAGCUGUUCGACGGCGAAAAAAACCAUCGGAGCCUUAUCAAUCUUUCUUGCUUGGAUGGCUUUGGUGUUAUUCAUCAGAAAGUUUCCAAAGCUUGGUAUUUACGUGGUGAUGUUUACAAGCAUUCUCAACACAUUCACGAAAUUCUUCAUGAUCUAUGUGUUGUUCCUAGUGGCCUUUGCGCUUUCGUUUUUUACGCUGUUCUAUGAUCCUAAGGUGAGCUAGAUCUCUUCCAAAUCGACACAGAUACAUUGGAGUUUGUUAUUCAAAAGUGAUAACUUUUAAUUUUUCACAAUAGUUGUUUAAAUUUUCCCCGCUCAUUGAUGUGUAGUAGAAUUUUUCAACAAACGAUUUUCGGAUUUUACGGUUCCGUCCGAUUUCGAAUGGUUAAACCUUUCUUUUGGAUGCUUCGUACUUUUUUGAACGGUUUCGGACAGUUUGCAAUACAAGCUGCGCCGAUGGUCCUGCAAUAACCAGAUUUGGUUAUUGUAAAAACCUGGUUUCCAAACACGGAAAUAAAACGUUGUUUCUUCAAACAAACCAAAAUGAUUUUCUUUUUUCGUUCAUUGAUGGACCUCAGGUACUUCAAAUCAUGAUACACGAUUGUGAGGCGGGAAAGUACGUCAUUUUUAUGGUCGACAUUCUCGUCAAUGAUGAGCCUGCGAGAAUUCAGCCUCUGUAAAAAUAAGAAAGAAAUCCUUGUGCUCUAUAUAGUCAACGAGGAAGCCCUUAGCCGCUUCCCACGGUCUGUUUCCUAUUUUGUUUUUGAAAUAAUGAGCAGUUGAGUGAAACAGUUGAGAAGGUCACACUUCAUACAUUAAUGAAAGUUGUAAUUUAAGCUUUUUCUUUCCCAUUCGUUAUUUCUUAUUUCGUUCCUACUGAAUUGAAGCAAGGCUCGAACAUGUUGUGUUUCACUCUAGUUCCGUCGAAAGGUUAUUAACAAACGUAAAGGAAAAUGACCGGGUUUAAUGUUCUAUUGGUGCAAUGAAGGAGUAUGUACUGACCUAUUGAUUCUUUAGGAAUACACAAUUUCUUCAGAAAAAUGCACUAAACGUCUUACCUGGAAUUUUUGAGAUUUCAUCGCGCAAAUCUGCGUUUAGGGGCUAAACCAAGAGGCAUUAUGUCUGAAAUAAAACCCAUUUCUGAAGGAAGAGAUCCUAUCUCGCUCAAAAAAAGCCACCCCGUGACCUCUUCACACAUCUUCCAUAAUCAUUCAAUACUCACACAAAUUAUCUCUCUCACAGCAAAGCGUCCGUGGGUUUGGGGAGCCUAGCCGUGCAAUCGUGAAGACAGCAGUGAUGAUGAUUGGAGAGUUUGACUUCGACGACUUAUUCAACUCGCCAGACCAGGAUGUUCCUGGUGUCGCGUGGUUUAUUUUUAUUGUCUUCUUGAUUAUCAUGACUCUCAUCUUGAUGAACUUAUUGGUGAGUUUUCUUGUGUUUAUUUGCCUGGUGUCGAUUAAUUUUAAAUAGUGACUCUUAAUUAUACUCAGGGCUUGCUUUACAUGCCCAUUCUCCAUCAUAACAGGGCGUAUCUUAGAAGUGUCAACUAAAUUACAUGUGAAACCUUUUUUAUUUUCACCAAGAACAGUCUGUGUAACACGCGUGCGAUUUCACCAGGCCUGCGCUUUAUUCGCGCCCGGCAUAGCCAGAGGAAGCUCUCACACGCGCGCGUGUUCCUCGCCUUCCUUUCCGCCUUCCUCUGCUUUAAAGUGGGAAUUUUUAACUUGGAAAUGGCCUUUUAUUACGCCAAGUAUGAUGCUCUGUAGACUGAAUCAUCCUUCUAUAAAGCCUGAGUAUUCGCAUAACACGUCAAGUAAGAUCUUCGUCAACGUUGAGUUAUGUGGGUAGUGUUUUUCAACAAAUUCGCAAUUUUGUCUUGCUAUAUUUACAAUUGUGAAAUGAGUAAAAAACAUAAUUACAUCAUAUUACAGAUACCGUGUUGCCUUCAGUAUACAAUGGUUAACCUUGGUAAAGCUCAAUUUUGCAUCAUCGAUAGGACUAAACCAACUUAAAUGAAAUACUUGAUAGGUUAGUUUGAAGUAAUGAGUCUGCUGACGCUUCAGGGUAGAUGUUUUCAAAACCUGCGUUUGGCUGCGAGUAUGAUGUGUUUUGUUGAUUCUCUGUGUUAUUCUCUCCCAAGAUUGGUUUGGCUGUGGACGACAUCAAAGGUGUCCAGGAGCAGGCUGUACUCGAGCGCCAAGCCAUGUUGGUACGAAUUAAGUCAGUAGCCUUAUAGAAACUCAAAUUCCUAGUACGCGCCCAGCUCCUUUCCUCUUCUCUCUUUCACAAGGAUAGUUUGGGAUUGAUAUUAAGGAAUGUUCCAUCGAAAUGACGUUACUCUCACCUACCUAUAGUUUAUUUGUUUGGUGGUUACCUGGACAUAAAUCCUGAUUGACGGACUGAUUGUCUGUCUGACUGAUUAACUGGCUGAUUGACUGAUUGAAGGACGGACUGACUGAUUGAUGGACGAACUGACAGAUUGAUGGACGGACUGACUGAUUGAUGGAUGGACUGACAGAUUGAUGAACGGACUGACUGAUUGAGGAAUGGACUAACUGAUUGAUGGACGGACUGACUGAUUGACUGACUGAAUGACUGACUGAUUGAUGGACGGAGGGGCUGAUUGACUGACAGACAGUCUGUCAGUCAGUCAAUCAGUCCGUCCGUCCAUCAAUUAGCCUGAUUUAUUGAUGGACGGACAGACAGACGGACUGACUGAUUGACUGACGGACUGACGGACUAAAUGACUGUCGGCUGACUGACUGAUUGACUGACGGACUGACUGACAGACUGACAGGAUGUCUGACUGAUUGUCCCACUGAUUGACCGACUGACUCACAGACUUACCAAUUGACCAACGGACUGUCUUAUUAACUGUUGGACGAAAUGACUGAUUGAUUGUUUGAUUAAUUGACUGCGUUUCACAGAAACGAGCGAAACGCAGUAAGAUGGAAGUUUGACGUCCACCCCUAGCGCAGCCUUGAAAGAAAUUUGUCGCUUUCAUUCCACGCAAAUGUUUUACUUCGCUCUCAAAUGUGGUACCCCAUAUACUAAUGGCAGUUCGUUUGGCUUACGGACUAUUUCUCUCUUUCUUGCUAAAGGUUGAUUUAGCAAUGGAUGUAGAGAAAGCUUUGCCCAGAAGACUUCGAAAACGGCUUAUACCAGAAAGGGAAGUUGUUCGACCGAACCAAUAUGAAGGAUUCAAACGUUACUGGUACAGUCCCCCCAUCUCUGCACAGGAAGUCCAAGUAGCGUUGAAGCCGAACAAGGUAAGUGCAAAUAAAUCCAUCAGCAACAAGAAAGUAUCAAGUUGAGAUACUUAAUUCUGCCUAUAAUACUUAUUCCUACAGCUCAAUUAUUUUUGUGGUUUUACUUCUCAUUAUGGGAGAUCCCCUUAUGGAUCCAGAAAUAACCGAUAAUGUCCCGUGGGGUAUAAUUUUGCUGUCCACUGAAGCAUUCAAGUCAAAUUCAAGGUUCAUGUGAUAUGAUUCAAGGUGUGUCAAGAUACCUUGAGUCUAGAAAGAACUUGAGUGAGAUUACAGAGUGCACUUCGAUAAGUGUCUUAAAACCAAAACCAAAGAGAUUACAACAGCCAAUCAUAACAAACUAUGAAGCGCGGGAAAACGCCAUUGAUCAAGUCGUGAUUUGUUUUAGUUUUCAAUCUGAUUGGUUGAGAAUUUCUGCGAGGAUCCUGGGCCAAUCACAGAGCGGAGAUAGCCAAACUAAAACAAUCCCAGUUCUUGUGUUUUUUGAGAAUCAUUUGAAAAUUUCUCUACGCAUAAUUCACUCCCCAUUUUUAAUUCUCCCUCGAUGAGGGGCAAAAUUCAUCCAUUUUUGAUCAGUAUUUUAUAUGGUUAUUCAUCUUUCCACAAAAAUGGCUGAGUGACUGGAAUAGUUGGAGUAUUCAGGCUUAAUAUUUAGACUGCUCUAGAGGUGGACGCUGAUGUCACUGGUGUCGUGGCGGCUGUUGUAAAAAUACCUCAAGCCUUCCCCUUAUUCUCUCUCUUCAUGUUUGAGGGUGAGAGUGAAUUUUAUCACAAGAGGACUGUUUUGAUGAAUGACUGAUGUUUCGAAAUCAAUAGCAGGCUCAUGGUCACAGUCAGGCGGGAGUUUUUCUUAAAAUGGAAUUGAGAACUCAGAAAAAAGAAGUAGUGUAGAAAAGUGGCUCUCUGCAGGGAGACUUGUACUUACUUCUUUGGUAUUUGACUCUCAACUUAAACCUCUGACUUUUUAUUUUCCUUUGCUGCUAUCUUGUUGUAGUCGUCCCUUGAAGUGUUGUCAGACCGAACGGAUGAACUCCAAGAGACUGUGCUAGGAAUGAAGAAUCGCUUGAAAACAAUGCAGUGUAACCAGGAGGAGAUACAUAAGAUGCUGGUGGGAAUUGUCAAGAAACUUGAUGCCAUCGUCGAAGGAGAUGACGAUGAAGACGAUCAGUUGUUUUAGUCGCGUGAAGUUAUGAAACCGCUGGUCGUUUAGAAUGGCAAAUAACUGGGUUCACGAGCAACGCGUUUACUGAUCAUUAGAGUAGUGAGACUAUUGUAACUUGAAGAAGGAUUCUUAUGUCAUACACACGAAGUUUUUUUGUUGACUGAGUGAUUGAAUAGUGAAUCAUGAAUGUAUUUAUGCACGCAUUAACGUUGUCUUCGUUACGCAACUUGUACUCAGUCUGAGUGGAGCGUUGCAAACCGAACGACAGUUUCAAAGGAGGCUAGUUGCACUCAUACACGAAAAAUGUGUUGAAAAAGUGUUUUUGAAAUUUUAACAGUUCUACUGAUAUUUGUCUACAUUAAGUGUUAGGAAAUAUUUAUACCAGUACCAGAAAUGUGGCUUUCUUUUGCACCACAAAACAAAAAUAUAUAUGUGGCACUUAAACGACCGCUGUUUGGUUAGUUUAGUUAGUUAUAUAUAGGCUAUUUUAGAAAAAAUGAGAUAUUUAAUAGAUGUGUGUACCCAAAUUAUUCAGUGGCUUACUAGGAAAUACAAGAAUUAUUGAAGUCAAGCAAAAUAUUUAUGAUACACGGGAGAAACGUUUGCGAACCUCCAUUGUACACGCCUAGCACAAAUCCAUCUCACCUGAAUAAAGAGCAGAUGGAGAAGGUCAGCUCUGAGUUAAAACAAAAUAUAUGUUAAUUAAUUCUUUUUUAGAAUGAACCGGUUCAUGUUCUUAAUAGAAUCCUUCGUUGAAAAGUUAAAAAUAGUUAGGGAUGGGAAUUUUUUUAACCUCGGAUUAGCAGCAC